UCGGUUGCGGCGCGUAGACAGUGCCCUCGUACGGACAAAUUAAAACUGACAUAAUAAUGAGUGCAACGAUGGAGCCAACCGGUGUAACCACCGAUGAAGAUCAGGGAUACGCGUUGCGAGCUAAAAUAAUCACAAUGGUCUGCUUAUUCGGUGUUUCCAUGCUGGUAGGAUGUGCCCCGAUGCUCAUUUCCACCAAAUUUGGCUGGUUUUCAAAAUCGAGCGGGCCAAACAUGAGGACCUCUAAUCAGUUGGUGAUCGGCCUGCUGUCAUUUGGCGGCGGUGUUUUAUUUGCGACUACCUUUAUGCAUCUGUUGCCCGAAGUUGGUGAAAAUAUUGACUCUUUACAAGAAAUGGGCCAAAUUCCAAAGAUGCCAAUACCACUCGCCCCUUUGAUCAUGUGCAGUGGUUUCUUCAUGAUGUACCUGGUGGAGGAGUUGGUGCACGUGUACAUAAACAGCCGCGACAACAAAACAGCCAACACAAGUUUCACGAGGGUGCUGAGCAUACGAAAAAGUAGUACAGACGCCGAGGGUUCAGAUAAACCGAUUAAAGAGUUAGAAGCCCAGAGACAUCAUGGACACAGCCACUUGGCAGUGGAAAACGACGAUACAAUUGUGGCAGCUCUGCGAGGACUUCUGAUUGUGCUGGCGCUGUCGAUACACGAGCUGUUUGAAGGGCUUGCUGUUGGACUGGAGUCAUCUGCGAGAAAUGUAUGGUACAUGUUCGGAGCAGUAUCAGCGCACAAAUACAUCAUAGCGUUCUGCAUAGGAGUUGAACUGCUAGCUGCAGGGACGAAGCGGUGGCUGUCUAUAGUUUAUAUCUUCACCUUCUCCUUCGUGUCAGCGUUGGGCAUCGGUGUUGGCAUUCUCCUGGUAGGCGGCGCUGGUGCGACGGAAGCUGGUAUCUACUCUGUUGUGUUACAGGGACUUGCGUGCGGUACACUGGUUUACGUUGUGUUCUUCGAGGUGUGGCGUCAAGACCGAACAGGGCUCAUGCAAUUCCUCUGUUCAAUACUUGGCUUCGCGCUGAUGGUUGCCUUGGAAGCUGUUGCCAACCUAGUUGCUUGACGAAAUGGAACUUACGAAAGUACCCCAAAGAUAUUUUCGCCUCGAGUCACGAGAAAAUUUCGUGACUUUUUAAAGCGAGCAGUGACGUUAUUAUUACUUUAUAUAAUAUUAUGC